GGGAUUGUAUCCUGGCCACCCAACCCCGGGAGACAUCGGAGGGGCUCCAGCUCAACUUCCAGCAGAACAUCAGUGACACCAUGACGGUCCUCCCGAAGCUCUCGACGGGGCUGGACGUCAACGUGAGGUUCACGGGGGUCUCAGAUUUCGAGUACACCCCCGAGUGCAUCGUCUUCGACCUCCUCAACAUCCCCCUCUACCACGGCUGGCUGGUGGACCCCCAGAGCCCGGAGAUGGUCCAGGCCGUGGGCAAGCUCAGCUACAACCAACUGGUGGAGAAGAUCAUCACCUGCAAACAGGCCACCGACUCCAGCCUGGUGAGCGAAGGGCUGGUGGCCGAGCAGUUCCUGGAGGCCACGGCGUCACAGCUGAGCUACCACGGGCUGUGCGAGCUCACGGCCGCGGCCCCCGAGGGCGAGCUGGGCGUCUUCUUCCGCAACAACCACUUCAGCACCAUGACCAAGCACAAGGGCCACCUCUACCUGCUGGUGACGGACCAGGGCUUCCUGCGGGAGGAGGGGGUGGUCUGGGAGAGCCUGCACACGGUGGACGGGGACAGCUGCUUCUGUGACACCGACUUCCACCUCAGCCACGCCCCGGGCAAGGGGGGGGACCCCGCGGCCCCCCCGGACCACCAGCUGCAGCAGAGACAAGUGGACCAGGAUUACAUGGUGGCCCUGUCCCUGCAGCAGCAGCAGGGGCAGGACCCCCCCUCGGUGCUCAGUGACCUGGAGCUGGCGCGGCAGCUGCAGCACGAGGAGUAUCAGCAGCACCAUCCUCCUCCUCCUCCUCCUCCUCAGCAGCAGCAGCAGCUCCCAGGGCAGGCAGGGUCACGUCCGGCCGGAGAGCGGAGGCAGCGGCAGAGGCCGGAUUUGGACUGUACCCUCCUGUAGCCCCCCCCCCGGGGGGUCCCCACACCCAGAGCCCCCCGACUCCCACUCUGUGUCCCCCAGGGAGAUCCCACGGGGGUCCCUGGGGGGCUGCAGAGGAGACACAGACACAGGAGGGGUGACAGUCCGAGCCCAGCGCUGGGACCACCCCGAUCCUUCCAGUGGCCUUAUGAACACGGGGGUCCCUCUCAGGGGGUCCCAUCAAGGGGGUCCCUCUCAGGGGGUCCCAUCAGGGGAUCCCAUACCUCAGUCCAUGCUCCAGGACACUUUUCUAGGGGGAGAAACCUGUACCC